AAUCGAAUUAAUCAAUUAAAAAAUCAUAAAACAUUUUCGGUUCGGUUCAGUUUUAGUUUCUAAAGUCUGAAAUCAAUUGAACCGAACCAGUUCAACUAGCUAGCACUAAAAAAAAAAGAUAAAUAUAAAUACAAUGUUUUCUAACCUAAGAGUAUCAGCCAUCAGCCGUUGCCCCCUCUUCUCUACAUCUCUCUCUCUUUAGUAUAACUUUACUUUCUGCUUCAGCUCCCCUCCCUUUUCUGCAUCUCUCUUUCUUUUGUAUCACUUUAUUGUCUGUCGUUGCCCCCCCUUUCCCUGCAUCUUUCUCUCUUUUGUAUCACUUUACUGUCUGCUCUACCCCCCUCCCUUCUCUGCAUUUCUCUCCCUUUGCUAUCACUUUACUCUCUGCCUUGCUUUGAUUUUCCUCCCCUGCUUUAUGGAUUUGGUUCCUUUGGGUUUUCUUCAGAUCUUAGUUCUCCUGUUGAGUCUGUGGUUUACUUUACUAAAACAGAGAAUGACGAAGAAGAUUUCUUGGAUGGGUUAACUCGUCAAAUGGCUCACCUCACCAUUGAAGAUGAUUUCAAGAGAAACGACCUCACCUGCAGCAUCGAAAAGACUAAGGGUUGGGUUUUGUCUGGAUCGCCUCAAUCAAUGCUAUGUGCAGUUGGACGCAGCAUGUGGUGGACCAACUUGAAGCAGGUGAGUGGGGCGAAUUCAUUCAUGUUCCCAAUUAGAGGAGAUUUGGUGCUUUACCUGAAUUCCUUGACACUGAAAUUGUUCAAGCUCGGGAAGGAUACUAUGCAUGGUAGCAGUGCAAAUCGCUUUGUUAAGCCAGAUAGGGAGUACAAAACAUUCUCCAAAAUUGGUUUGUUUGUUUUUAAAAUUUUUGCUUGUGGGACAAAUCUGAUACCUUUUGCACCGAGCAGGAUCACCUGAGCAAAAUGCAGGGAUCCUUGCUAAUUUUGUACGUCGCCGACUACUUGAGAAGAUCUCAACCGGUUAUUCCUCUUCCAACAAUAUUGGGGGCUUCCCUGCAAACCCAAAAGCAAAGAAGAGUCGCUCAAUCCCCUGUGACAUUGGAUCCAUCUCUUAAUCCUCCAACAAUAGGGGCUAAGUCUUCAAAUCAUUAUGCUGAAAAGCAAUUUAAGGAAAAACCUCCAAGCAAUGGAACUUCCAGAAAUACAUGGAUGUAUGUCCUAAUUAUUCCAAUCGAGGGUGUCUUGAUCAUUGUUGUAGGAGGCUUGCUGUUUACUUGCCGGAAACAAGAAGUGACAACCAUAGGUCCUCGGAAAACUGGUCUAAGUGGACAGUUGCAGAAAGCAUUUGUUAAAGGUGAUAUCUAGUGUGUAAAUAAAGAAAUA